GUGUCUGCUUUGUUGCGCCACGCAAGUGCGCGCCGCAACUAGUAGCACACGCGCAUCGUGUGUCGCCUCCAGCGUCCUCGCAUGUCAGCGCGGGCGAGGCGACAGCAGCACCGCUGCACACGGCGAUGGGCUUUCGAGUGCUUUGUUGCAUUGCGCGCGGCGCGCCGCAUGGCGGCGUUCGAGGUGCGCUUUCGAGUGCCAGCGGCUCUCCUUCCGCGCGGGCCGGACGACCCGCCGCACCACGCUGCCACGCCGCGCAUCGCUGGCGGCGGGGGUGAGGGCUGCAGCAGCAGCAGGCCCAGCGACAGCCGGUGUGAGGGGCAGCCGUGCGCGGCGUCCCACGUGGACGUGCGCGUGGGCGUGGCCCCAGAGGAGCCCGUGGCGUGCGUGUUGGAGAGGCUGCUCCGCCGCCACCUGCCGCACUACCGCCUGCACGGAGAGGCGCCGCAGCAGCAGCGAGCGGGCGAUGGGGGGGCGGCGGAGGGAGAGGGCUUGGCGGAUGGGAGGCAGCAGGUGCGGUUCAUGGUGGCGGGGCGGGUCACCGCACUGCACCGUGGCGCGGGCGAAGCUUACAGCGGGGAGGAGUGGAGAAGCACCAGGCGGCAGCUGAACACGGGGGCCAACGCACCUGCUGCUGCACCCCCUGCAGCCGUGUCUCCCGCUGCUGCACCGCGUGCUCCUUGUGCCCGUGCCACCCCUAUUGCCGUGCGUCCUGCUGCUGCUGCUCGUGCAGUUGACUGCAGCAGGUGGGGCCAUGCUGGUUCCAGCAGCGACCAGGGAGGGGAGGAGCAGCAGCAGCAGGAAGAGGAAGAGGUGGAGAAGGAGGAGGAGGAGGGGGAGCAGGCGAAAGGCGUUGCAGGAGGGAGUGGUGGAGCGCGAGAGGGGGCCCAGGCGUCUGCUGCUGGCAGUGGCAACGCGCUUCCCUUUGCUGCACAGCCCAGUGCCAGCGCCAUGGACUGCGCCUUUCUCAGUGCGGGGCGGCACGGGCGGCGGGCGGCGUGGACGCUAGUCGCCAAUCUAGCGACAUGGGCAGCAUGGGUGGCAUGCGCAGCAUGGGCAUGGGCGGCAUGGGCGGCAUGGGCGGCAUGGGCAGCAUGGGCGGAGUGGGCGGCGUGGGCGGCAUGGGCGGCAUGGGCGGCAUGCGCAGCAUGGGCAUGGGCGGCAUGGGCGGCAUGGGCGGCAUGGGCAGCAUGGGCGGAGUGGGCGGCGUGGGCGGCAUGGGCGGCAUGGGCAGCAUGGGCGGCGUGGGCGGCAUUUGCCUGUGCUGAGAUCAUCAGCUGGAGCACAGGCGGGCGUGCAGGAGGUAUCGAGGCGGGCGUGCGGGCAGCAGGGGGGAGUGAGGGCAGCGCAGAGAGCGUUGAGGCGAUGCUGAGCCAAGGGGCGGGCAAGGGAGGGAGAGGGCAGACGGGCGGUGAGGGGCGUGCGCUGCUGUGUCGGGCGGACAUGGUGCACUACGUGGACGUGAGCCAAGCCUGCGAGUUCGCCCUCUGCCCCUGCUGCUUCCACUGUGCCCUCUCCCCGCACGCCCAGGCUGCCCUUGCCCUGCCCUCGCUGCCGGCCUUCCGCGCCCACCUGCACGCGGAGCAGCCGCGCUGCCUCCCCGCCGCGCCGCCCAACGGCGUAUCCCAGGCCGUGCUGGAGUGGUCGGAGCAGAUGCCCGUGCCGCCACAGGGAGGGUGGGGGGAGGCGGCGGCUGCGGUGCAGUGGGCGUGGAAGAGUGAGCGUGCGCCGCACGUGUGUGCGGAGGCCAUGGUGGUGGAGUCGCUGGCAGAGCCCCCCGUGGGUGCGCUCACGGACCUGCCCGCCAUUCGAGCCCGCCUGCCUGCUGUCCUCGCCGCCACCCAUGCCCCCGCUGCUGCUGCUGCCUCUGGCGCCCCGUGGUUCUGCUGCUGGCGCUGCAGUGGGUGCUGGGCGGCGUACUGCCGUGCUCUCAACUUUGCGGCGUGCCUGGUGCUGGCGGGCGACAGCCCGCGCGUGGUGACGCUGUGGCGCACGCACCUCGACAUGGCCAAGGGCUCGCACGGCGUUGCGUACCCCGCCCUGCUGGCGGCGCUGCGGGUGCGCAGGCAGGCGCAGUGGGAGUGCCUGGUGUCCGUGGCGGUGCAGGUGCUGGGGGUGAAGGGGCGCGCCGAGCUGCAGGAGGGCUUUGCGUUCUUCAUGCAGGAGCUGCUUGACGGCAGCAGCAGCGGUGGGAGUGGUGGCAGCAGCAGCAGUGCGGGGGUGGAGGGCAGUCCCAGGGGCAUGCAUGUGAGUGGCGUGGGCGCCACGGACUUGGCCCUCGCGGCGGCCACGGUGCUGUCGCAGCCGCAGCACUGCCGGGAGGUGCACACGCUCUUCACGGACGGCAACAGCGCCCAAAAGACAGCCGUGGAGGCUGCAGCGCUGGAGGCGGCCAGGGGGAGGCUUGCCCGGGCGAUGGGUGGAGCAGCAGGUGGGGGGGUGGGGGCAGCAGCGCCAGGUACAGCCCCAGCCAAGCCCAGUGCGGGCACUGCUGCCGCUGCAUCUGCUGCGGCGUGCCAGCGUGCACGGGAGCCGGUGAACACGCACCUCGUGGUGGCUGCCAUCACGUACCGCGCUGCUGCCCUCCUCCAGUGGCUCCGAAUCUACGGCUCAGAUUCCUUCUCGAGAAAGCACUGCUUCGAUUGCAACCCGCAGGGCAUGGUCCGGCCCAUGCGCCAUCCGCUUCGGGACCUUCCGAGCCUGCUGGUCAGGCUCGGCGUCAUCCUGCAGCCGCUGGAGGGAGGAAGCUUUUCCUGGGAGUGGAAGGAGUGGCCGGAGGGCAAUGAAGCUGCUAUGAAGCUUCCUGAUGACCCGAGCACGCGGUGCUUCCUUAUGGGGGUGGUGGAGGCGAGGAGAGCUGCUGGCAGGCCCAGCAGGGGGCGAGGCGGCAGGACCAGAUGCCGGGGAGGGGUGAGCAGCGCUCUGCCAGAGCGUGUGGCGGCGGGCCACAGAGGGCUGCCCAUGGUGCAGUGCACGGCGGACGUGGACUUCCUCCAGCACGCGCUCAGCCACACGGUGGCACCGCUCGCGUGCGCGCACUGCAAGGCGUGCUUCGCCGCCUUCACCGCCGCCGUGCCCCUCAUCGCCCUCGUCGCCGCCUUGGCCUUCCGCCCCGCACAUGCGCUCGUGCAGCGCGUGGCGGCCGUGAUUGCGCCGCACUCCUCCGCCUUCAACGACCUGGCGCAGAUGUUCUUCCUCCUGUGCCUCCCCCCCCACAUGCCUGGCGCCAUGGCUCUGGCGCUCCUGGAGGAGCAGGCAGACGAGGUGCCGCUGUCGCUGCUACUGAGCGUGGCCAUGGUGUGGCCCAAGGCCGUGUUUUGAGGCGCCUCAAAGCUGAGCGUGGCCAUGGCGUGGCCCAACACCGUGCUGCGCAUCCCCGAGCUGCAUGCCGUGCGCAAGGACGAGGGCGUGGCGGGCCAGCGGGCUGCAGAGAAGGCGCGUGAGAAUGAGAGG